GACUAUGUCAUUGUCAGAGCCAGGGAUCGGCGCGAUGUGAGCAUCACAAAAGCCAUGAUGGAUUCAGAGGCCUGCUGGACAGAUCACCGCCUGAUACAAUCCACGAUGUCCAUCAGACUCAAGAGGAAGAGGAGACUGCAAAAGAAGCUGAGCCGGCAGAGACUAAACCUUGAGACCCUGAACGAAACUGCCACCCUGCAGCUGUUUCAGGCCUCUCUUGGAGAAAGCCUUAAUCAGGAAUACCCUGAGGACAUUGAAGAACACUGGAGCCUGCUGAAGUCUUCCAUCCUCGAUACCUGCAGUGCCACUCUCGGGUACAAGUCCAGAAAGCAUCAGGACUGGUUUGAUGAGAACGACACAGCGAUAGAACAGCUCAUCUCCAAGAAAAGGGAAACCUUUCGUGUCUGGCAAAAUGACAUCACCUGCAAAGCAAUGAGACAGGCUCACUCCAGAGCCAAGGCUGACGUCAAGAGCCGGGUGAGACAGAUUAAAAACUCCUGGUGGACAGAAAGGGCACUGGAAAUCCAGAGUUUGGCAGACUCUGGUGACACCAGAGGCUUCUUCAGCGCUAUUAAGGCUGUCUACAACCCAGACCAUCACGGCCAAAACCCCCUACGCUCUAAAGACGGACAGGAGCUGUUGAAGGAGAAUGAGUCCAUAAAUAACCGGUGGAGAGAGCACUUUCAGGAACUCCUCAACCGUGAUAGCACAACUCAGUCAGAUUUCCUCAGUCACAUCCCUCAGAGUCCCAUCAGGGAAGACAUGGGUGAACCUCCCACUGUAGCUGAGGUCCAAGAUGCCAUCAGUAGCCUGAAGAACAACAAGGCCUCUGGGCCAGAUGGGAUCCCAGUUGAGGUCCUAAAGGAAGGUGAACCAGAGCUCCAGCGCCACCUCCAUUCUCUCUUUCUGAAGGUCUGGGAAAAAGAAGUAUUCCCCGGAGCACAGGGACGCUCUGAUAGUGACCAUUUUCAAGAAAGGGGACAAAGCGAAUUGUGGAAACUAUAGGGGCAUCUCCCUCCUUUCAACAGUUGGCAAAGUACUUGGUCGUGUUCUUGCCAAUCACCUACUGCCACUGUCUGAGGAAGUUCUCCCAGAAUCGCAGUGCGAUUUUCGUC